UAGGCCCAUCCUUGUAUAACUACACACCUUCCUUCUACUGGAUCACGUAUCCACGUGAUUGCGGAACUGCGGUGCUACCGGAGACUGGAAUCAAUUUUUCUCUUCGGCGCAAAUCCUAGGGUUUUGCUUUUCAUUCUCAGCCCAUUUCCACGCCAUGGCCACUACUGAGAGCCUAACAAAUGGACUACCUUCUCUGCCACCGGAAAACGAAAACGAUGCCGGAGACAAAUUGGCGAAUUCGGUGAACCAACUCAACAACCUCUCCAUUGCCAUACAAACCUUCAAAAGCAGGUACGACGAACUGCAGAGGCAUUUUAAUUUCAUCAAACAGGCCAUCGACGCAAGGACGAAGGAACUCCAAUCGUCAGGGUCCGACGCCUCGCCAAAUGCGAAAGAAACAACCGAAGCCAUCGUCUCUCAACCAGGGACUGGUAAAACAGAUUCCAAUCCGAAGCCAAAACCUAAGGCGGAAGAGGAAGAGAAAGAAAAAGUAAAAGAAGAAGACAAGGAAGAGGACGAGCUUCUUUCGCUUUGCAAAACGAUGAAUAGCCGAGGCCUGCGUAAAUACGUGCUAUCGCGUUUAUCCGAGACGCCGUCUCUUCGGGAACAGGUUCCCGUUGCGCUGAAGAGUUCGCCGAAGCCUUCAAAGCUCGUGUUUGAAUGCAUUGGGAGGUUUUUCCUUCAGGGAAGCAAAGCGUACACGAAGGACUCGCCGAUGAUUCCAGCAAGGCAGGUUUCGGUUCUGGUUUUAGAAUACUAUUUGCUCUCUGGAUGUGUUGGUAACGAGGAGGAAGUGGAGGCUUCGCUGAAGAAAGAGGCCGAUUCGGCCGCGGUUGCGUGGAGGAAGAGGCUCAUUGUUGAAGGGGGUUUGUCGAAGGCCUCUGAGAUUGAUGCCAGGGGUCUGAUUCUCUUCGUUGCUGGCUUUGGGAUUCCUGCUGUUUUCAGGGAUGAGGAUAUAUGCAGCUUAGUGUGUGUUAGCAAUCAUAGAGAAAUCUUCGAUGCCCUGCGCCAGUCUCAGCUCUUGCUUAAGAGGGUUUCAGAUAUUGCAGAUGGGAUGAUAAGAAAAGGCAUGGUUGUUAAAGCUGUUGAUUUGGCUUAUACCUUUGGGCUUGAAGAGAAAUAUUCUCCUCAGACAGCUCUGACUACAUUUCUACAGAAGUCUGAAGAAACUUGGAAGAAAUCCAAACAAGAAGCAAAUGAUUUUCCUAGUGUGCUGAAGCAAGCACAUGAAAAAUAUUUAGCUGCUUUGAAAUCUGUAGUGAACUGUUUGGAAGACCACAAUAUUGACUUUGUAAAACUUCUUCCUGGGUGGGAAAUUAAGGAUGAAAUUAUCAACUUGGAGAAAGAUAUUAGUGAUACCAAUAUAAAAAUUGAAGAGAAGUCAAUGGUCAAGAGAAAAGUAGAUAAAAACAACUCAUCUAACAAAAUGAAGGUUCCAGAGGCUAAACGAACAAGGUUUGCUGGAAGAGAUGCGUCUGUGCUAUCACCCUCACUUGCGGCCUUGCACGAGCAAAGGAUUGUUAAUCGUAUGGAUGGCAAUAGCUCGUAUGAGGGUUCAUUGGCAGCCCAUUUGCUGGACGGUAGAUCAUAUGGCGGUUACCCAAAUAGUUAUCUCAGUGCAGCAUCCAUACAACUUGGAUCUGUUUCGGAUUCCUUGGCCGAAAAAUAUCUUGGAACUACAGUUGCAAGUGGGGCUAUUAUGCUUGGAGGAGGUAUGGGUGGUUCAUAUUCUGGGUAUCAGGGGGAUAUGAUAAGAGAUAAUGUUGGGACAGUGCUAAACAGCAACAGCUAUAGAUGGCAUGGAGUUGGGGAAGGGGCAUCAUUGUCUCAUGAUAGGUCAGUUGGGCAGAGUUUUGUGGGGCAAUCUACAGCACUAGUAAAUAACUUGUAUGGGAAAACAUCUCCAGAAUUUGCAGGAGUUCCAGAGCAUCUCUCUAUCGGUGCUUCUAGUCGCACUGGAGGUUCUGAUUUGUAUAGCUUCGCUGAUGGUGUUUUCGAUUCAUAGUCAUUCCUGGGUAGUAGAGUUCUCCAAAUUACUGUUCUGAUCAUGCUCUACAAAUUUUCAUCUGCCCAUGGAAAUGCGGAAUUGUAUGAUGUUAAUUUUGUUCACAACUUACAUCUAGCGUUUAUAGUGAUAGCCAUAGGAUUCAAUAUCAGGGUGGCGUAGCUACCAUAUUUGUUUAUUUUGAAAGUUAUUUUACU